UGUGCAUUUUCUCUCUGGCCAAUCAACUCCAACACCCACCCAAAAAGGCAAUGCAAAUUUUCUUCACUGAUAGAGACUAUAAUAUAGAAACCAAGGUCUCCAAGACGCAUGAGAGAUGAGCAGCGCACACAAAAACAAAAAGCACAGCAAAUAAGCAACCUUUCCCCAUCAAACCUUGUUUUUCACUCUUCCACCCCUCCUUCUCCCACCCAAAUCAACCCCCCCCCGCCCUAAUUGUGUCUCUCUUUUUCUCUCUCUCUCUCUCUCUCUCUCUCUCUCUUUCUCGGGGGUGUUGGAGACGGACCCAUCAAUGGAAAAAACCUCAAAACCCCAAGAAAGAGAGAACCCAUUUCCCAUAAACUCCCCAACCAGCAAUGUCAUCAACAGUGCGUGCAGCAGCAACAGCAAUGGGCUCCAAAACCCCACCCCGCCUCUCACCCCAAAGGCCAUCCCCAGAUCUGACUCCAACCCCUACCCAACGACUUUUGUUCAAGCGGACACCUCUACCUUCAAACAAGUUGUCCAAAUGCUCACGGGCUCAUCGGAGACCCCCAAACCAUCGCCGAGGCCGAACCAAGAUCCAUCACAAGCUCCGUCCAAGAACCAUAGCAUACCACCUAUCAGGACUGCACAAAAGAAGCAACAAGGGUUCAAGCUCUACGAGAGGAGGAACAACCUCAAGAACAGCCUCAUGAUCAACACCUUGAUGCCGAACUUUGCUCAGAACCCCGGGUUCUCGCCGCGCAUGCCGGAGAUUCUCUCUCCAAGCCUGCUCGACUUUCCUUCACUUGCUCUUAGCCCUGUGACCCCAUUGAAUGGAGAAGACCCGUUUGACAAAUCCUCCUCGCCGUCUCUGGGAAGCUCAUCGGAGGAGGAGAAGGCCAUCGCGGAGAAAAAGUUCUACUUGCAUCCGUCGCCGAUGACGACGCCAAGAGAUUCCGAGCCACAGCUUUUGCCUUUGUUUCCCGUGACUUCGCCAAGAGUUUCAGGGUCUUCUUCCUGAUCGAGAGAGGUCUUGUAUGAAGGGUGUUACAGUUUAAAAGGAGGGAUUCAUGGCGGGUUUAGGAUGGUUCUCAGAAUCUCAGUGACAAGCAGACAUCUUGCUUUUUAAUUGUACAAUUUCAUCCCUCUUUUUCAUAGAAUGAUGACGGUCUUCGUUUUA